AUGUCCGAACUGAAUACAGAAGAAUUACCUAAAUUACUGUCCAAAGUAUCUGAAUUGGAAGAAGUAUCUGAAUCCAUAGAAUACUUGACCUUAUUUUUCUUGCUCUUAUUUUUAGAAAUAUCGUUAUUUAAUCUUCUGGAUAGUGGGGUACGGGAGUUUCCUCUAGAGCUAGAUCGAGCGCUGAUUCCAUCGAAUUGA